AGACGUCAGUACCACCGAUUGGAAAAGAAGCCACUUAGGGUGUUUCCAGAAGGUCCCCUAGUUGGUUGGAGUCUGUGAGAUGCUCCAUCCGUGGUUAAGCCGACAUGAGCAAUCGAUGACUUCACCAGCCAUUCCAGAGCUGCAUGUCCAUCCUCUUCCUACAUGGAUGCGGAUGCUUGAUUAUUAGACACCCGCAUUCGGCCCUUGAAGCCAGACUUCUUGUCCUGCAAUCCUGGUCGACAUAUUUCUGGAGGCGCAUGUCCUCGAGAUGACGUCACCCCAGCUCUGAAGAACUUCGGCAUCCCGAUUAUUGUCCAUUCGAUUGAUCGUCGUCUUCUUUCCAAUCCCUCUUCAUUGAAAGGGUCCACUCUAUGAACCUCCAUAUAUCCUUCCCCCAUUGAUAGACAACGCCUGUCAGCUCACACAACAAUAGGACACAAUGGUAGCAUUGUGGAAUAAGAAAAAGGACGGCCAGGAAAGGGAGGAAUCCCAGACCCCGGAUGAGGAAGGGGGUUCUGCCAGAUAUUCUCGUGAGCAACACUAUCGAGAGCCAGAUGAACGCACAAGACUGCUUCCCCGCGAAAAUCCCGCAUAUCUGAGACCCGAUGAUCCUGCAGUCUCCCCGUAUAACCUCUGGAGCGUGCGCGCUCUCCGAGGGCUCUCAUCUCUCUUCCUCGUACUAAGCUUCAUCUGGUGGACCUUCCUACUUGUCUCCAUCUUCGUCAGCCCGCCCAUGAUGCACACCCGCGGGUCCGGUUUCUUCAGCUUCGCAUACACCACACUAACCGUCGGCUACCUGGUCAUCGCGCUCCUGUUCUUCUCCGUCCCCUCAAAGCCCAUGACAAUAUGCGGCGCCAUCCUCUCCGCCUUCCUCCUCGUGGACAUGUGCAUCAUCCUCAGCGUAGGACGCAUCCGCAUCGAAGAAGGCUGGGUGGGCAUCGCCUCCGUUGUCUGGGCGACCUUCAUCUCCAUCUACGCCAUCGCACAGAACCGCUACGUAGCAUGGGGCAAGAAAGAAGAAGAAGAGCGCCUAACCGGCCGCGAAGAGACACGCCGACCCCUCCGCGAAUGGCUCGCCGUGCUCAUCGCAACAAUCAUAAUGGCCGUGCUAGCACUCGUCUCCAUCCUCUUCACAGCAACGCUAAUCCUUCGCAUCCAAGACGCCUCCCUCCCCACUCCAGGCAAGAAAUACUACGUCAACGGCAACAACUACCAGGUGCAUCUCAACUGCAUCGGUAAUCCCGGCAGCAAAACCCCCUCCGGGGAAAAGAUCCCCACCAUCCUCCUAGAAGGCAGCGACGGCCCCGUCGAACACACCCUGCAGCCCUUCAUCGAUGACGCGUACCGCAACGGCUCUAUCGAGCGCUACUGCUACUGGGACCGGCCGGGCUACGCCUUCUCCGACAACGCUCCGUCCCCUUACUCGGCCGGCAUGGCGUCCGAUGCCCUCUCCGAGGCGCUGGCGCUGGCCGGCGAAGAGGGGCCCUGGGUGCUGGUGUCGGCAGGCGUGGGCGCCAUCUACAGCCGCAUCUUCGCCAGUAGGCAUCUCCUCGAGGUCGACGGGAUCAUGCUCAUUGAUGCCCUGCAUGAAGAUUACCUGGAUAACCUCGGGUCGCCGGGGCGGGGCUUCCUCCUCUGGAUUCGCGGCGUGCUGUCACCUCUUGGCCUGGACCGGCUUGCCGGCGCUAUCUUUAAGGGCCGCUCGCGGGAAGACCGGGUCAUCGGUCGGAGCGCGUAUCAAACGGCCAAGGUCAUUAGGGCGAAGUUGCAGGAGAAUCUGGUGGCUAAGUCGAUGACUGCGUCGGAGAUUCAGACCGCGCGUCAUGUCCAGAUGCCUUCUACGCCAUUGACGGUUAUUAGUUCUGGGGUGGAGGUGCGGAAGAGUGAGAAGUGGAGGAAGACGCAGGAGGAGUUGUCGAAGGUGACCAAGAAUCUGAAGCACUGGGAUGUGGUACGGGGGGCACCGCAUGAAGUGUGGCGGUCGGCUGAGGGUCGGGAGAUCGUGGAAAAAAGGUUGAGGCAGAUGGUCAAGGGGAAAAAGUAGGGUUGUUUUGAUAUUUGUUUCAUUGUGGUUGUAUUGUAUUGUAUGUACUUUGUUGGUUACCUUUUUUUUCUCGGGCUUCUUGUGUUUUGUGCACCCCUUUCUGUUUGUUAUUCUCCUUAUAAGUAUGGUGAUUUUUACGGUCUAGUCUGGUGUAAUCCACGUAUUGUAGUCUGCUUCAAUGCGAUGAUACUCGACACGAUCUCAGAUGUUUGUAAAUACUUGAGCAACGUAGAUUC